GGAAGAAGCAGCUGAACUACAUGAAGCUCUGAAGGAGCACCCAGCACCCAUGGCCUUGGUGGAGGAGGACAGGCUCCAAAAAGUCCAGCAGGCUAAGGAGAGGUUUUUGGCUGCAUUUCCAAAACUGAAAAAGGAGGUUAAAGAAGACAUAAGAAAGUUCCAUGCACUUGCAGACUACCUGGACAAGGUUCACAGAGACUGUACCAUCUCCGGUGUUGUGGCUGGAUCCACCACAGCUGCCUCUGCAGGCCUGGGCAUCCUUGGCAUGCUUCUGGCACCCUUCACACUAGGUUUUAGUGGGUUCUUUGCAGGGGCAGGGGCAGCACUGGCAGUAGGGAGUGCUGUGGCCAGUGGUGUGACUAGCAUAGUGGAUUACUCACACAUAUCUUCAGCUAGAAGUGAAACUAAAGAGCUAGUAUCAAACAUCAAGGACAAAUUGCUAAGGUUCACACAGGAAGUAGGUCAUUUCCCACCCAAAGUCAUUUCCUCAACUGAAAAUUGGAACCAAUACUUGAUAGAAAUUGGGAAGGCCAUAAGGACCAUCAAGCAAGCUAGUUGUGACCGUAACAUAGUAGUUAGUGACCAAUACAACAUGAUUCAAAAUAUCUGUUUUAAUAGUGGUGUGUCUGUGAAAAUAGUCUUAGGGCAAUCAGUUCAGAAUAUGAACAUUGCACAGAUCCUCCACAAAUUUGCCAAUGUUGACUUCUCUGAGUCAAAUAUGAUCGAGCUUGCAAACAAUGCAAAGAAGUUGCAAGAGGGGGCAAAAUCAGACUACGCUGAAGAGCUGCGGAAGUUAGCUCAUGACCUGGAAGGCCAUUUGAAGGACUUUGAAGAGAUCCAGAUACAGAUGUCAGAAUCCCAUCAGUGA